AUGGCUUAUGAAUUACUAAGGAAACACCCUUUUUCUCUCUUCUUUUCUCUCUCCGCGAAGCAGAAAUCUGUAUUAGCUGAAGAAAGUUCUCGUCUUGGCUGCAUUUUCAGGUUGAAUCUCAGUAUGUCGACCGCCGCACAAGCUUUUAGCGGCAAUCUUAAGAAAGCGCUUGCAGGACUGCGGCGUAUCGAAUUGGAUGGCCUGAGAUGGAGGGUUUUUGAUGCAAAGGGGCAGGUAUUAGGUAGACUAGCAUCCCAAAUAGCAACUGUGGUUCAGGGCAAGGACAAACCUACGUAUGCUCCCAAUCGAGAUGAUGGGGAUAUGUGCGUCAUUAUCAAUGCGAAGGAUGUAUGUGUUACAGGAAGGAAAAUGACUGACAAGUUUUAUCGGUGGCAUACAGGGUACAUAGGCCACCUAAAGGAGAGGAGUUUGAAGGAUCAGAUGGCGAAGGAUCCCACAGAAGUUAUCCGCAAAGCCAUCAUGCGAAUGCUUCCUAGGAACAAAUUGCGUGAUGAUAGAGACAGAAAAUUGAGGAUAUUUGCUGGCAGCGAGCACCCUUUUGGUGAUAGGGCUAUCGAACCUUAUGUGAUGCCUCCAAGACAAGUGCGUGAAAUGCGACCCCGUGCAAGACGUGCUAUGAUCCGAGCUCAAAAGAAGGCCGAAGAACAAGCACAGGGUACUACAAACCCUAAAAAGGGCAAGAAGAGAGACAAGCCUGAAGCAGAGAUUAGUGCAUGAUGGCCAGAGCUUUGUUUGUCUGCCGACGCUCUUCUGAUGAUCGGAAUCGCAUGUGUUCUGGUAUACUUACUUGCUCAUAGAUGCUGUUACUUCAUCGUUUUUCUUAGGUAAUUUAAUCUUGAUUAGAGAAAACUUCGAAUGAAAUUCAGGAAUUUUUGUUCGAUUUUUUUUAACUCUUCGGCUCUUCACUUCUUUGAUUAGAAAUAAAGCUUGGAAAAUCAACUUUUUUCGAGUCCUCUA